AUGCUCGGAUCGCGCAUACACGAAAAUAUGCUGGCUGUGCGACGAGGCGACGCAUUGUCACAAGUAGCCGCCCACACCUACGAAAUGGGUCGCGAGUCCAACUUCGCAGCCACCAAAAUAGUCGUCCACGCCGUAUACAAAACAGGCAAAGAAUUGAUUGAAGCCUGGGCCUCGGGUGAGAACUCGGCUAAUCGAUUUAUCGAUCUGACGCCGCCGUACAGAGCCCUGCGCAGUCACCUCCAGUCUUGCGCCGUCGCUCGAUGA